GCAACCUCGACAUCAACCUUUUCCCUUGUUACAUACCGGUUCUACAACAUUACGACUUUAUCAUUAUAUUUACCAGGCUCAAUAUUCUUCAUCAGGAGUCUCUUUGGAGGAAAUCACAAACAUCAAUUUCACAUAUGCAUCAACACUGAAUGCUUCAUGGACAGCGUGGCGUACGGAGUUUCAAACAAUAGCCCAACAAUCAUGAAAGGGCCCACGGGAUUAAAAAAAGAUAUUAAACAUGUUCAUUGGGGCGAUUUGGCCUGGCUUUGUCUUCUCUUUCUUUUUGGUAUGCCAACAACGCGGGUUGUGUGGCCUUCUUUGUCUUCACGCGGGUCCUUGAGAUGCGACUUGAGUAUCAGCUUAGUACUUGAAAGUCUCUAUCUUCACAUCCUCAUAUUCCCUUGCUCCAGAUUGUGGCUCGUCCAGAAAAGACAAGCUUUGCCUUGCAAGUAUUUCGAGGGAUGGGGUCAGAGUUUUGCUGGCUAUCCCACCAUUACAAAAUAACUACAGAAAAUGGAGUCUUCGAUUUCAAAUUGUCUUCUUUUGAACUGCUUUCGUGAUUUUGCAUCAUCUUAGAUCAGUAUAGUUAAUCCAAUCAAUUACACGAUACCUUCAU